GGAGGAGGAGCGGGCAACAGUAGCGUGAAAGAAAAGCACAAGAAGUAAAGAAACUUUUACAGUCAUUGUGACUAUUAACGCUGAUUCCCAAAAUCAAAGGAAAGGCUGCUGGAAGAAGCUGAUUCUGUCGCAUGUAUUAUGCCUUUGGAAAAUUCUACAGUUCUCUUAAGAUGAAUCAUUAGAACUUGUACAUAAAUCCUGAGUGUCAUUUUGAUGAAUUUUUAUGAAGUCAACACCUGUUUAACCAUUAUCAAGAACAAGAUAUAGGACAUUUUCAUCAACCCAGGAGCCUCCUUCAUGCCCCCUGACAGUUAUUACACACUUCCAAAGAAUUCUGGGACUCAUGGUUGGUCGUUUAGAAGAAUACCCUGAACUUACAGUUUUUUGAAGAAUCAGUCCAAAAGAUCCAAAAAGUACAAAAGGAGAAGUACAAAUGUCUACCACAAGACGAAAACGUAAUAUGUUAUGUUGUUUACCGUAAGCUGUAGUAAAAUGAGCUCGAUUGUUGACAGAGAUGACAGUAGUAUUUUUGAUGGGUUGGUUGAAGAAGAUGACAAGGACAAAGCAAAAAGAGUAUCUAGAAACAAAUCUGAAAAGAAACGUAGAGAUCAGUUUAAUGUUCUCAUUAAAGAGCUGGGAUCCAUGCUUCCUGGUAAUGCUAGAAAGAUGGACAAAUCUACUGUUUUGCAGAAAAGCAUUGAUUUUUUACGAAAGCAUAAAGAAAUCACUGCACAGUCAGAUGCUAGUGAAAUUCGACAGGACUGGAAACCUACAUUCCUUAGUAAUGAAGAGUUUACACAAUUAAUGUUAGAGGCUCUUGAUGGUUUUUUUUUAGCAAUCAUGACAGAUGGAAGCAUAAUAUAUGUGUCUGAGAGUGUAACUUCAUUACUUGAACAUUUACCAUCUGAUCUUGUGGAUCAAAGUAUAUUUAAUUUUAUCCCAGAGGGGGAACAUUCAGAGGUUUAUAAAAUACUCUCUACUCAUCUGCUGGAAAGUGACUCAUUAACCCCUGAGUAUUUAAAAUCAAAAAAUCAGUUAGAAUUCCGUUGUCAUAUGCUUCGAGGAACAAUAGACCCAAAGGAGCCAUCUACCUAUGAAUAUGUGAAAUUUAUAGGAAAUUUCAAAUCUUUAAACAGUGUAUCCACUUCAGCACACAAUGGUUUUGAAGGAACUAUACAACGCACACAUAGGCCUUCUUAUGAAGAUAGAAUUUGUUUUGUAGCUACUGUCAGGUUAGCUACACCUCAGUUCAUCAAGGAAAUGUGCACUGUUGAAGAACCCAAUGAAGAGUUUACAUCUAGACAUAGUUUAGAAUGGAAGUUUCUAUUUCUAGAUCACAGGGCACCACCCAUAAUAGGAUAUUUGCCAUUUGAAGUUCUGGGAACAUCAGGCUAUGAUUACUAUCAUGUGGAUGACCUAGAAAAUUUGGCAAAAUGUCAUGAACACUUAAUGCAAUAUGGGAAGGGCAAAUCAUGUUAUUACAGGUUCCUGACUAAAGGGCAACAGUGGAUUUGGCUUCAAACUCAUUAUUAUAUCACUUAUCAUCAGUGGAAUUCAAGGCCAGAGUUUAUUGUUUGUACUCACACUGUAGUAAGUUACGCAGAAGUAAGGGCUGAAAGACGACGAGAACUUGGCAUUGAAGAGUCUCUUCCUGAGACAGCUGCUGACAAAAGCCAAGAUUCGGGGUCUGAUAAUCGUAUAAACACAGUCAGUCUCAAGGAAGCAUUGGAAAGGUUUGAUCACAGCCCAACCCCUUCUGCCUCCUCUCGGAGUUCAAGAAAGUCAUCUCACACGGCAGUCUCAGACCCUUCCUCAACACCAACAAAGAUCCCGACUGAUACUAGCACUCCUCCCAGACAGCAUUUACCAUCUCAUCAAAAGAUGGCACAAAGGAGAUCAUCAUUUAGUAGUCAGUCCAUAAAUUCCCAGUCUGUUGGUUCAUCAUUAACACAGCCAGGGAUGUCUCAAGCUGCAAAUUUACCAAUUCCACAAGGCAUGUCCCAGUUUCAGUUUUCAGCUCAAUUAGGAGCCAUGCAGCAUCUGAAAGACCAAUUGGAGCAACGGACACGGAUGAUAGAGGCAAACAUUCACCGGCAACAGGAAGAACUAAGAAAGAUUCAAGAACAACUUCAAAUGGUCCAUGGUCAAGGGCUGCAGAUGUUUUUGCAACAAUCAAACCCUGGGUUGAAUUUUGGUUCUGUUCAACUUUCUUCUGGAAAUUCCUCAAAUAUCCAGCAACUUGCACCUAUAAAUAUGCCAGGCCAGGUUGUUCCUACUAACCAAGUUCAAAGUGGAAUGAAUACUGGACAUAUUGGCACAACUCAGCACAUGAUACAACAGCAGACUUUACAAAGUCCAUCAACUCAGCAGAGUCAACAAAACGUGCUGAGUGGGCACAAUCAGCAGACAUCUCUUCCCAGUCAGACGCAGAGCGCCCUCACAGCCCCGCUGUAUAACACUAUGGUGAUCUCCCAGCCUGCGGCGGGAAGCACGGUGCAGAUCCCGUCCACUUUGCCACAGAACAGCACCCAGAGUGCGGCAGUAACCACAUUCACUCAGGACAGACAGAUAAGGUUUUCUCAAGGUCAGCAACUUGUGACCAAAUUAGUGACUGCUCCCGUGGCUUGUGGGGCGGUCAUGGUGCCCAGCACUAUGCUCAUGGGCCAGGUGGUGACCGCCUACCCGACCUUCGCACAGCAGCAGCAGCAGCAGCAGAACUCGCAGGAGCCGCAGCUGGCGUCGGUGCAGCAGCCCCCCCAGGCGCAGCCCCCGCAGCCGUUUUUGCAGACUUCUAGGUUGCUCCAUGGGAAUCCUUCAGCUCAGCUCAUCCUGUCUGCUGCGUUUCCUCUGCAACAGAGCACUUUCCCUCAGUCACAUCACCAGCAGCACCAGUCUCAGCCACAGCAGCAACUCAGUCGGCACAGGACUGACAGUUUGACUGAUCCUUCCAAGGCUCAACCACAGUAGCACACGCUUCCUCUCUGACAUCAAGGGAGGAAGGGGAUGGCCCAGAAAGAGUUACUCAGAUGACCUGAGGAUAGGAGAAGUUCCAGCAGUUUCAUGAGAUGCGGUCUUGAAUGGUCUAGUUCCUGGAAUUGGCAGAGAAAAUGCUGCCUAGUGCUACAGAUGUAUAUUAAAUACCAGCCAGCAGGAGAUGAUCAUAGGGACACAGCCAAUUCUGACAGUGUUUUAGUUGCCCAGAUGUUUUUUGAUGGAAAAAGAGUAUAUUGCCAAAUGUUAAGAAGCUCAGCUAUGAAACGACCUCCAGUGAAUCAGAAAGGCGCUAACAAUGUUAGUAACUUUAGUGGUUCUGUGCCUGUUAGCAAGUGUUACAGAGGACACACCUCUGCCAUGUCAGGGGUUUGCCCACAGUGAUGCCAUGAAGACAGUCCAGUAGACUCAGCAGUCCCCACCCCGACCCCAGCUCCUCUUCCUUUUCAGAUAAUGACGGAACAGUAAUUACUUUCAGAAUGUUGUGUAGGUUCAAAUUCUCUGUGUACAGAUGUUGUAAAGAUAUGUAUAUGUCUGGAUAAAAGGAGAGAAAGCAAAACGUUGUAUGCUGCAUGAAAGCAUUAUCUCUUCCUUAUAGGUGUGAGUACAUUUCCUUAGAUUCUGAUACCAUGUGCAAACUGAUACAUCCUGUUUUUCCUUUUGUUUACAGCAUGGUAGUGUUCUAUUCAUUUUUCCAGGGCACAAGUCUUUUUGUUCAUACUUUGGCUGUGAUGUCACAGUUUGUUCAGUGAGGUAUGAUGUGCUGCUGGGAAUGGAUUAUUUUUUUCAGGUUAAAUUAUUGAUACAACAGGAUUUUCAAGUUAUUCAGAUAUAUCCCUCAUUUCAUUAUUUGUCAAUUAUGUUUGAAAAUAGUAUUUGCACUGCUUUAUUUUAGAUGGUUGGGAUUUUUGAUUGCAUAUUUUGAUAUAGUUCAUAGUUGGAAAUAUUUGUGUAAAUGGUUUUCAACAAGCCUGAACGUAAUUUCAAGAAUGUUUCAGUUAUAGAAGUAAAAUUUGCACACAAGACACCUUAGGCACUUUUUAACAUUCUCAGUGGUGGGAAUUUUAACUUGUAGGAUUUGUUGGAAUCUUUUUUAUUAUCCUUCACAAUUUCAAUGCUUCUUUCAGUCAGAAAUGAUUCAGGGUUAUUUGAGGGGAAAAAAAACCCAUAGUGCCUUGAUUUUAAUUCAGGUGAUAACUCACCAUCUUGAACUCAUUGUCUGGUUUCAGUAGCAGUUUUGAAACCUUAGUACAUUUUUAACAGCAUGUGGGUAUCAGUGUCAUUAAUCUUCUCCUAAGUUCCUUUGAAGACUGUUAUCAGUUUCUUGGACUGGAGGUACAAAUAAUUUAGAAAUAAAAGAUGAUAACCUAACACUAUCACAGUUAUUAAUGAUUCCAAUAUUGUUUCCCAAAUCAGCAUCUUUCUUUAAAGCUAAGUAAUCAUUUAAGAAUUACCAGUAUUUGCUCAAUAUGAUCUUGGUAUUCCUACAAAGCAAAAAGAAGGGGUAGGAAUUUGGCUUUGCCUUCACUGUAGCACUAGAAUAUUGUAACUCACAUGCUUUCUAAAUGUGAACUAAAGAUUUCAUUUGGCAAUACCACAUGCUAAAGGUAAUAAAUUCUAACACAAAUUACAUUAUAAAAAAGAGUUUAUAGAUUUUAUGGUACUAAUAAUGAAAUUUAAAACUAUAGAACAAAAGAAGAUUAAUGGAAAAUAUAUUGGAACGUAAAAAAUGAUUACUUAGGAAAGGGUGGAGAACAAGCAUAAUAAAUCAAAAUUGAACUUAAAAGAAAAUGUAUAACACAAUUUAGGUUGUUAAACAGAAAAAGUCUUAUGCAAUGAAAAUAACCUAAUGCAGAAUUGCUAGUUAAGUCUUAAAUCAGUUCUUAAGACUUCUCUGUCCUAAGAUUUGCUAUCAUUCUUAAGGGAUAUACUUUGUCUUUCUGUAGAAAACUGUACCUGGCCACAAUUAAAUUUGAAAAGUAAUGUUGAAAAAGAAAACAACCAAAGAAAAUUGGUACCUACCUUUCUACAAAAGGAGUGUGACUAGAUACCAAUCAAUAAUUAACAUAUCAAGGAGCUCUUCUAGCUAAGUGAUCAUCCAGAAGAGAUCUGUAACAUUCCCAUGAAUAUCAAGAAUAGUUGUCAGAGUAUGUAUGUCCUUGAGCAUACAUACACAGAGACAAAAUGGAUGUUGUAGAAUGUGGCAACAGCAUUGUUCUCCCCUUUCAAAUUGCCUUGCAUGACCUUAUGCCAUUCCAUUAUAUGUCUGAGUUGUGCCUCAUUUAUUUAUUGGCAAUACGUAGUGAUAUGGAUGUAGCUAACAAAAGAUAUGAGUAAUUAUUACAUUAAGGCUUAUCCUCUAACUACUAUACUUAAAAGAAAGACGGUGAACUGGGAGUACUAGGUACUUAGGUUGACAGAAGCAAAGCGUAAGACAAGCCAAAAGGUCAGUCUGUAAACUAUUUACUCACAUUCUCCUGCCCCAACCCCUUCAAGUAUUUUCCAUCUUCACAAAUAUCUGGGAAAGAAAAUUUAAAAUUAUAAUUUUUGUUGUUCUUCACAGCUCAUCUUUUUCCUGCUUGGAAUUAACAGUUGCUUAUUUGCAGGAGCAGCUAGCUGCUUUCCCUUUACUAUCCGUGUGAGGUGUGUCGGAAGCACUAGCUGCCCGUUGGCUGCUGCUUUACCUCUGUUUUCCUCCUCCUACAUUUGGGUUGCAAAGCUGUCCCUGCCCCCUCCCGCCCCCCUCCCCCGUGACACCUGAGUGUUCAAAAUGAAGAUUCAGCACUUGUCUGUUCUUCAUUUCUGUAGCCAAAGUCGAUAAUUAAAAUCCCAAAUCUAAAUCCUGAAAAGAUACCAAAUAGAAACACCUUUCAGCUUCCUAAAAAAUCUUAUCUUCCCUCUGCUUUACUCUCACAUGUAUGCAGUGUUUCUUAAAAACACUCUGUGUGGCACUUUUGAGGCAGCUGUUGAGGGUAAGGAAAAAUGCUAGCUGCUCCGCACUUCCUCAUCUUGCCUUGGCCUUGGGGCAGUCAGUACUGCUUAUUAACAAAUGCAAGUGAGAGCUCCGAGGAUUAGUCAGGUUGCUGCUGACAGUGUUGUCUAACCACAGCCUACUCCCUUUUGGGAGUGGAGGAUAUUGAAGGAGCAAAUGUCGGGAACGGGGUAGCAUGUAAGUAAAUACUACAGUUCAGCCUCUGAACAUCCUAAACUGAGGGGCGGUUUUAGAGGGCUGUGCUCUCCUUUGGCACUUAAAUCUGGCUUAGGAAUGUACUAGUAAUAAAAGGAUGCCAGUGAUUUUGAACAGUUUGUUGUAGAAUACUCAGUACAGAAUAGUGAAAAUGUUGUUUGGAUUCUUCAGAAGUGCUACAGUUGUUGGUUAUUGCCUUAAAAGCAGUCUGCUUGAAGUUUGAGCACUGAAGCAGUCCAGCUCUGUAACGGGCAUUGUGUUGAAGGGAGAUGAACCCUUGUUCAAGAAGCCUUAGAAAGGGACCGUAAAAACAGUGUUUUACACAGACAGGUGAAAAUUCUUUUAAACUGGAUAUUACUCAACAUGUUUUAAAAUGUUUCCACUACAUUGAGGCAAAUUUUUUUUAAGUGGAAUGCAAAUAGCAUUUUACUUUAGAAUUUCUACUUUUUGGUUUCUUUGGUGAUUGAAAGUUCAUGGAUGAACAUUUGUGUGAAACUCUUAUCUGUGGCCCUGUUCUUAGCCCCAUGAGAGUCCAUGUUGGAAGGUGUAAACACUGGAUAUUAAUAUUGCUGAGUGAGUCUAGCCAGGGGUAAGCUGAUUGGAAUUUUUGAAUGGUAGAGAAGAAACAGCACAAAGGCACUUGCCAUUUUAAAUAGUAAUUGGAGAAAGAGAACCUUUUAAGUUUGUUUGCAUUAGGUGAGCAUUCUUCUAAAAGGAGCUUCUGAAGUCAUUGCAAAGGAAAAGAGUCGACUAUUUUUAUAGCACAUUUAAUAUAUUUGUAUAUAACUAUGAGUAUAGUAGGAACCCUCCACAUGCCCCCCACUUUUCUAAUUUACUCCCCCUUUUGCCAUAGCACUAGUAUAGCCUCAUCCGCAUGGGUAACGUGCCUAUUGUCAGCCUACCAAAAGAUAGUGCUGCUGCUUUUUGAGACAGGUGAGAAGACCCAACUCUCAUGCCUGGGGAUCCUUUACGGGAGGAAUAGCACACACUUUUAAAGCAACAUACCACAGUCUAAAAGCAUCAUUUUGAAAUGUAACAAGCACUUUAUUGCAAUUAUUCAUUUUGAUAAAGUUUAUUAUCUUAGGCAUUAACCAUUUCUAAAGGAUCCCCAAAUCAUCAUUUAGGUGAAAUUAUAAAUGACACAUUUCUGAGAAAUGUUUAGAUCCAGUGAACCAUAGUAGGUUUGUGGGAGUGAUUUCAAGGUAGCCAAAUGAACUUUGACUUUUGUUUUGAAUGUGGUGGAGUCGAGAGAUUGUAGAUGGCUAGUUCCAUUUAAACACUAUUGUAAACCCAUCUUGCCUAUUGUGUGGAUACCAAAAGAGACCAAUGAGCCUGUUUAUUUUCAGAGGUCUAGGGAAACUGCAUCCUCGUGAGUAGAUAGACGGAACUAAUCUAAAAGUGAUUGGUAGUACUAUUUUAGAAUACGAAUAUUUCAAGAAUUAUUCUGAGUGUUUUAAAUGUGCCCUGAAAUGUUGGCAUGUCAUUUCAGCGUUUCUAUUUGAAUUGCUCUUGUAAUAUUUUUGCACAAAAAGGACUGAGAAAAAGACUACUUUGGUUAAAGGGAAAAAAGUAUAAUUUGGUCUUACUUUAAUGUCUCCUGUGGAAACACUGGGGAUGACUUUUGUUGGUAGUUAUUAAUUCAGGAUAUUUAAAAGUGUUGAACUCACAAGAAAUUAAGCAAACUUGGAUAUUUAAAAAUUAAAAUACUUUCUUUCCAUGUGACUGUUUUGCAUAGUUUUUUUUCCCCCAUGUCGUAACACUACAUUCCUUGUUUUUCUUAAAUAAAAGUAAUACUUUGUAGGUUUUGAGUGUUUUACAAUAAUUUGUAAGCUACCUGGGUUUUCCCAGGGAAACAUUCUUUAGUGAAAUAGGAAAUAGUUUAUGAAGAGACUAUUAAGUGAAAUUCCAUCACCACCACCAGCAAACACUGAGGUGCUGCACUAAGUGACAAUCAAAAUAGUAAGUAUUUAGGAAAGAACUUAGAAGGUGGUUGAAAGAAGUAAUUGCUUUGAAAGCAGUUCUCUGGGUUUCUUGAAUAAAAAUGGCUAAAUGUAUUUAUUUAUAUUUUUAAAUAUCUUUGUGUUCGGUUUUCUCCUCAAGGUGAUUUCAGUGUCAUGUAUUUAAUUUGUGGUUUGUUUUCUGUUUUGCAUUGUAAUCUUAGAGAACUGGCUCUUAUUUGGGGUACAAUUAUUAGCCCUCAUGAUGAUGCCUCAUGGACAAUCUGAACCUGUUUUACUUCAGGACAGCAGUGGAGGGUCCAAAGCCAGAUGUCCCUGCACUUCCUUCCUGUUGUCAACUCAGUUAAAAAAUUUAUAAAGGUAACUCCUUUCAAAUCUGCUUCACGCAGCUCCAACCUUUUUCUAGUUUCACUUGCUGCCUUCUCUAUUUUAUGGGCACUUUUUCUAUUACUUCCCCAACACAGCCAAAGGCCAGUAUGACGGAACCCAUGGCACAUGUUGCCUCUAUUUUGCCCAUUUUGGGAAAUGUUAGUACAACAAACAGCAUCUUCUAAUGGCUGGCAUUAUCAUAUCCUUACUCAAGUCCAUUUAAAGUCCUUAAAUACAGGUGGAACAGUGUAUACACACUGAGAACUUCUACAAAAUGUUUGCUGUCUUCAGUAUAGUGUAGUGUUCUUUGGUCCUAUAAAAACGUAACAAAACUCCAUAUACAGCACUAUCCAGUAAAGCAGUGUUUGCACAUUUGAAGCCUGGACGUUGGAGGAUCCUUCUUGUUCACGUGCACUGGAUCCCGAGCAGCUCUGGGGUCCCGCGAGCUGGGUACAGCACACAGCUUAGAGAAUGGUAAUUAUGUCAAUCACAAGUUGGAUUUAAUGAUGUAAAAGAUAUUUCUUAACUCUGAGGGUCAAAGUGAAGAUGAUGAUGUUUUCAAAUAAAUGCUUUUAAAUUUCUGAGGAAACAAACUGUGACAUCGCUUUAAAAAAUGACAUUCAGAUGUUUUUAAUGUUGUUUUUUGAGUUGGCCUGGACUGGUACAAGUUCACUGCUGGCAAUGGUUGUGCCAGUACCAAGAAGUUAAAAUGUGGGAAAAGCUAUGUUAUCUUCAAAUUGAUAUAUUGUAAAACUAGACAAUCAUCUUCAAGUAAAAUAUUGGCCAGAAAAUGUCUUAAAUACUAUGUCAGCCAGAACAGGUAUAAUUUUAGACCAUUCUAGAAUUGUUUUGAAAUUUAUUUUACUAUGGCAUUAUAAGUUGGAGAGGGGCCUCAGUAUGGCACUUUCAUAUUCAGUCUAUGUAAAGUUGAAGCCCAAAGAUGAGUUAAAUUCAGUGCUGUACUGAAACCAGUUAGUGCAAAAAAAAGUUUUCUCUUUGUAAAUUUUUAAUUGUUGACAUCAGUUGGUAGUUGUAAAAACAUGCACCAAAUUCUUUCUCAUGUUCUGUGUGGUUCUUAAUGUGAUAUUCUUGACAUUGUUGUCCUUACUGCUUGGUUCUUGGUUUUAAAUUUAAAAGUAGAUGUAGCCUGUCAUUCUUACUUCCAUAACAGUGGAGCUAUAAAUGGCUAACUGAUCUUGAGAUAAGAAUACUUUUUUUCCCUAAAGCACUUUUAAUUGAAAUCGAAAUUGAUUUAUAGAAAUGAGACUGACAUUUUUCAGGUGUUGUUUUCUGCCAAAAUCUUAAAUUACACAAAGCAUGAGGGAUAACGAAUGGUUUCAACGGUGCUAUAUUAGGUUCUCUGGUUUUCAUGAGCUGAUUUUUGUGUUUGGAAAUACAAUAUUGUAUAAAAUAUGUGGAUCAUUUUGUUACCAAUUUAAUAUUGCCAUUUUAAUUUGGUGUAACAACUGGUUACACUUGUUUUUCAAAGCUAUCCUUUGAGAAGAAAGUCAAAAUGUGUACUAGCCUACCUCCACUCUGCCUCCUGCUGUAUGACCGUUUUUCCAGGUUUGAUGUGCAUAGCUUUUAAAAACUACAUGUACUAUUACAAUGCUCUUUCCCAUAGACUCUUGUAAUGUAUUCAGAACCUAAAAUUAUAGCAAAAGAGCCAAGCAGUAGCAUUGUUUUUUUUGUAAAUGUAAAAAUAAUUAGCACUAGACUUUGUUUCCUUCUUCAGUUUUAAAAAUAAAAAAUACCUCAGUGCGAUAUAAUGUUUUUCAGUAUCACCUGCAUUUCUCAAAAAAUAACACCUGCUUCAUGUGGCACAUAACUUGUAAGAAUCACAUUAUUUUGGAUUUUAAAGACUAUUAAAUAUUUUAAAAUCACUA